GGGAAUGUGACGGCGCUUUCAUUGCCAUGUACUCAUAAGCUACGAGAAAACCCCAUCUGGCCCUAAGCUAGCGUCAGAUCUGUGCGUCUGAGAAGUGUGUGUAGUUCUGUGUGUGUUAUAUCUUUAUAUAUAUUCAAAAAAAAAAAAACACAUCAUACUCAUUUGUAAUGGCCACUUUGGAUGCUCCAGAAAAUGCGAACACGGCGCUGACAGGGGCCAAAAAAAGAAGUGUUCAAAUCGACGAUCAUCCGAAGACUGAGAUCGUGGAAAUUCACGAGAAACAUGGGCCUCUUCAUAAUGCCAUACCAAGGAUGCCUAUACCAGCAGCCGUGAUCUGCUGUAUCCUCAACAUAUUCCUGCCCGGCAUGGGAACGUUAAUCUCCUCUUUCACAGUAUUUUGUGGCUCAAGUACUCGUAUUUCCACGCCGUGUAAAGCCUGCUGGUUGAACAUCCUGGCCGCCUUUCUCCAGAUGAUCACAUUCUUCAUCAUCGUCGGCUGGAUCUGGAGCAUACUCUGGGGGAUGACUUUUGUCCAGCUAUCACUUCGGGCCUCGGAAGACAAGUCAGACUUCCCCUACUACGUUAGGCGACAAAGCAGUGUCGAGGUGGGUCAUGGAUGAGAAGGCGGCUAUUUCCUUCAGCUUUCGUUCACAGCAUUUUGUUUACGAUAUUCUUCCCAUUCCGUUCCACCCGCUUCGCGAAGGGCUGGUGGAUCCUGGGCUGGUCAAGCCUUCAAC